UCAACCCAUCCCUCGUUCACAUUAGAAUAUGAUUUUAAUAUAGCAGCGGUUGUGGUUCUGCCUCCCAGGUUCACUAGGAGGGUAGGGGAAGAAUUCACCUGUGCUGACAUUCAUUUUCCCUCCCUCUCUCUCUCUCUCUCUUUCUCUAUAGAUAUCAGUCUCAGUUGUUUUUCUUGUCAGUCAGUCAGUCACUAUAAAAGCAGACUGGCAAUUCAAGACAGAGAUUUUUUGUAGCAGAUCUUCAACUUCAUCUGGACUCUGACUGACUUGCAUUUAUUUACAACCUGGGCCUGGAAGAGCCACACACAGCGAGGCAGGUUGUAGGGACGAUGUCCUCUGAGCCCCAGGGACUGUCUUUCCUAUCCAUAAGUAGCAGUAGCAGCUCACCAUCUCCUUCUGCAGGCCAACUUCAGUCCUUUGAUUCCCUAGAGUCGCCCUGCUUUCAGAUGCCAGAAUCACAGUGUCACCAAAGCAAUGGUGGAGAAGGGUUUGUGCCGUACUCCCAGAGAAAAAGCGAUCCCUACAGCCAGAAGAGUGCGGAGCGCUUUCGUAGACACAGUGUAGAUGGAAGUCCUGUUGGACGAGACUGUGACCUGACGGAGAACAGUCACUACCAUCCAUACCGGCGUCAGUGCAGUGAAGGGGCCAUCAGUGAGGGUCAGCCCUUCAGCUGUGUCAGAAGAGCUGGACUGGCUAGGGAAAUCGCCAGUGCUGAUGGGUUGGAGGAACAAUCCUCUUGGACUACAUUAGGCACUGAUGUGGAGACCACAAGUAUAAUGGGAACUCGGCGACCUUACAGUGAGCCUCAGGAGAGCUCUGAAGAACCUCCUGGCUACACAACAGUAAACCAUCAGGCAUACAGUGCCAUCAGUCCUCUACAACACCAGUAUUACCCUUCAAGAGGAAUAGAUACGGUUUCUCACUAUUAUAACCAAAGUCUCUCAACACAAACAUCUCAAGACAGUUCUCCUCAACCACUGUACCCUAAACCAGUCUACUCCUACAGUAUCCUUAUCUUCCUGGCUUUGAGGAACAGCAAAACAGGGAGCCUUCCAGUGAGUGAAAUCUACAGCUUCAUGACAGAGCAUUUCCCAUACUUUAAGACAGCACCUGACGGCUGGAAGAAUUCGGUCCGACACAACCUCUCUCUGAACAAAUGCUUUGAGAAGGUGGAGAACAAGAAUGGCAACUCCUCUCGGAAGGGCUGCCUGUGGGCCCUGAACCCAGCGAAGGUGGAGAAGAUGCAGGAGGAGCUUCAUAAGUGGAGACGCAAAGAUCCUCUGACUGUACGGAGGAGCAUGGCCCGACCAGAGGAGCUGGAACGUCUUCUUGGUGAGAGACCUGAAAAAUUGAAGAGUCACUUCAGUCUGCCCAGCAGCCACACACAUUCCCAGCCCUUCAGAGUUAACAUGCAUCCUGCCUACGGACACCAGCCUGUCCACGAGAAUAGGAUCCUGAAUCAGAAGGCUCUCUACAACCCUUUAACAUCUCAAAAUGCUGUCCUGCCUCCUCCUUACAUUUCUCCAGACCCUUUAGCCUUCCAAUACUACUCUCCAGCCACUCAUCAGCCCAGCGUCGGCCAUCCCUCCAGUCCCAGGACAGGCAGUUUGGAUUCACCUCUACCAGCACACACUCCACCAAGCUACAGCACCGCCCUGCAGGCUGGUCACAGCGGGACAGCGAGCAUGCAGGAGCUUCUGCUGGAUGGAGAAAUCAACAAUGAUGUUGAUGCUUUAAAUCCCAGCCUUACAGAUCUGCAACUACAUGGCAGUCUUUGGGAGGAGCUCAGGAACGACAGCCUCGCUCCAGAUUCAUUGAUUGUUAUGGACUCGGCCUCUUCUCUAGCCCAGCUCAGCCCACCUCCAGCACGAGACAGUGCGGGGGUCUGCGCGGAGACUGAAGAUGGGGUGCAAGGAAGCAUUUCUGAGCUUUAUCUCAGCAGCUUCUACACAACGGCUUUCACCAGCGCAGAAAACAUGCCAGGGCUCAUUUCUUCUUCGGCAAACACUGCUAUUCCUCUGCUAUGAGAAAGACUCCUCUUUACCACUAGAGUGGCGUGUAUGUAAGCUAGACAUCUUUUUUUUUAUCCAGGUAUACUUUUGAAUAUUUAAAUAGCGUGAAUUCUAUGCUGAAUGGUCCACUUGUGUUAUAAAAAUGACAUUUGAUUUAGGCCCAAUCCCAAUUUCACCCCUUAGCCCUUCUCCUUACCCCUAACCCUUGUUUUGCUCGUUCAUGUGAAGCGGUAGGAGAGUCCCAAUUCUCUUUAGCUGGAAGGCGCAGCACUAAGGGGAAGAGCUAGAUAGCCCUCAAAAUGAAGAUUUAUCAGGACCACACUUAAAACCAAGGGGUAAGAAAAUUUGACAGAAUACACCCGCCGCAACGACAGGAUCGCUGCACACGGAGGUAAGGAGAUCCACAAACUAGUAUUUUUUGUCAUUAUUACUACUUUAUAUAUAAAAAAGAAAAGCUAAAAUAAGCUAAGCUAAAAAGAAGCUACAAUCUUUUUAUUAUUAUCUACAAUCCAUAAUAAUAACACCUGUAUAUCAGUCCCACAACAUUAUAUAGUUAUGACAACAUGAUAUCAUUGCCUUCAGUGAUUUCCUAAAGAUAAGUAGAAGUAGAAUUGGGAUUGGGCCUAACAGUGCUUAAUGAGUGUGCUAAAGAGCUCUGAAAAUCCGUUGCUCGAUAUGACUCUCCGAUUGGUGGAUUUUUGAAGAGCAUCUUGGGUAAUGGUCUUUUUCUGCACAAAUUCCAUUCUUAAAAAGAACUGAAUUACAAAUAAGUUGAAUAAAUGAAGAUGGAUCUACACAGGCACAAUCAAUCAACCUUAUUUUAAAUAAUUGAGUUUAUACUAAAAACUUUUACUCAGAAUCUACCUAAUAAAACAUCAGGAACUAAAGA